AUGGUGGACCAGCUCAUUGAGUUCCAGGUGACGCUACGGCGGGAGGGAGCACAUGAGAGGGAGGUGCACAGCAUCCGAUGCCUCCCCAAGCACGAGGAGCUCCGGUCCCAAGCUGUGAUGCGCUUUCAAGAGGCCCUCAUGACCCGUGGGGUGGACGAAACCACUGUGGUUCUUCGCUGGAGAGACCUGGACGGGCUUCAGUUCACCAUCCACGGUCAAGAGGAGCUAACACAAGCGAUGAAGGAUGCGGUGGACGACUGUGGAGUGGUUCAUUUGGACUUCCUCUUGCAGGUGCAGCCAGCAAGCCGGGAGCAGCGCACUUGCCGGGUUUGUGCAGCGCUCUUCACGUCGCGGAAUCAGCUCUUUCAACACUUGAAGGACAGCGGUCACGACGACGCCAGCGAUGAAGAGCUAGAGGCGAAAAUACGGCCGCUGCUGGAAACGCCGGAACCUGGCCAGAACACUCCGGGCUUUCCGACAGAGUUCGGGAAUCAGACGCUGCACUCCUACUAUGCCUGUCAGCACAUUGCGCCGGAGCGGGUCUGGGAGCAGGCCUAUGAAGCCUUGAUGAAGCCCCUGCCCCUUGUGGUGCGCAUCUCGAACUCCGCAAUCGGCAUGGCGGACUCCGUGCUCGACCUUUGUGCUUCACCAGGGUCCAAGACCUUGCAAACUUUGGACAUCAUGACAAGCAAAGGCGAAUCAGAAGGCCUCUUGGUCGCCAACGAUUACUCCCGGCCCAGGGCGGUGGUUGUGGCCCAGCGCUGCAGACGACGAGGAAAGCAGAGCUUGAUGGUCACAAACUGUGAUGGACGAAAGUUUCCGUCUCUGCGGCGCAGAAACGGAUACAAGAUCAAGAAAGUGCUGGUUGACGCACCGUGCUCUGGGGACGGCACUCUGCGGAAGAAUCCGGGCCUUCUUCGGCGAGGCUUCGAAUGCCUUGAAGCCGGGGGACGUCUGGUCUACUCCACAUGCUCGCUGAACCCAAUCGAAGAUGAGGCGGUUGUGGCGGCACUGCUGAAAGAGUUUCCCAGUGCUUUUGUGGAGUCCUGGGAAGAGGCCGAGGGCCCGGAGUUCCAGCAAGGGUUGACCACCUGGAAGGUACCAGGCAUGCACUUUGAGAAGGAUGGUGCGAUGUAUUCCUCUUAUGCAGAGCUUUCUGCGUGCUCAGAGGCUCAGAAGUGGGCCUUAGAAUCCAUGUUCCCUCCUUCGGACUCUCAAGCGGAGCAGCUUCGCAAGUGCCGCCGGGUGCUGCCCACCAGCCAGGAUGCCCACCACGGCGGCUUCUUCGUAGCAGUACUUUCCAAGCGGGGUGGGACGGCGACUGCAGCCGCCGCCACAGCCGCCACAGUGCCACCAGCCGAAACCGAGGAGACCGAGGAGAUGCAGGCAGUGCGCCCCCGCCGGGCUGCUCCACAGCCACCAUUGGGACUCUUCCAGGGGCUACCGGAAGAGGUCAGACGUGAUAUUGAGGAUUACUGGGGCCUCUACUGCUCGGAUAUGGCUGCAAAAGUUGGAGUAAAACGCUUCCCAUCCGAACAGCUGCGACUGAACUCCCUGGGCCAGGUGGUCUUGACCACCCGGAUGCUCUCUCAGUGUUCCAUUGGGAAGAAGGUUCAGCUUCCGAUUGUCGAGGCUGCGUGUACGAUGUUUCCUUCGUCCCUGAGCCGUUUGCCCUUCGACGAAGCUGUUCCUCUGCUCGCCGAGUGUGCAACGAAGCAUGUGCAGCAGCUCACGACCACCCAGUUUCGUCAACUGUCUAAAGCUUCGGGGCAGGUGUUGAACGAGACACGCCUGAAGGAGAUUGCAACAGCAGAAUUCGCCGAGCGCCAGAAAGCCGCCGCGGCCGCGCGCUUCGCGAAGUCUCAGAGCCAGGAAGCUAUGGAUGCCGAAUCGGACGACGAGUCGAUGGAGUCGGAGAAGGAUCCGAUCGUCUUGCUUCAAGAGGAGCAGCAGCAGUCCUCGGUCUACUUCUCAGUGCAUCUCGACGCAGAUGCUGCGUACGACGCAGAAGGCGAUGUUUACAGCUUCGCGGAGGGGACGAAGAUGGACCAGGGGCAGCUCAUCGACUACUACGCAACGUUAUGCGAGGGCGAGCCACUGCUGAAGUGCCUCAUUGCGCCUUUCUCGCCCAGGGAUCCGAGGCUUGCCACCGGCCUACAGGCUCUUCGCUCGAAGCUGCCCGAACAAGUGGCCAUUGUGGAUGAGGCUUUCGCAGCGGAUGCUCUUCCAAUACCGGCCCAGGAAGAGGAAGAGGAAGAGGAGGAGGACUCUACACCUCAGGAAGCCUCGGAACGUGAUGGUGUUGGGAGGCUUCGUGACUCCAGGCUGUCCGUCCUCGGUCUCGCAACUCAGCGGAUUCGGCUUUUGAAGGCUCGACAUGGCCACCAUGGCCUGUGCACAAAGGAACUUGGCAGGGACACUGUCCUGGACUUCGGAGUUUCGCAGGAGAUGUUGUCCAGCGUGGGAUCGUUGAUGGAUUACCUUCUGGUGACGCCCGACCGUAGCCGACGGCUUCUGCUCCCCACACGUGAGGAGCAGGAGCUGCAGACUGCCUUAGCACCACUCGGAGAUCGGAUCAGGGCGAUUUGCCUCACAGCGUAUCGGGCGAAGAAGUCGACCGACAAGCGGAAGACAUCCAAGGAUCUCAAAAAAGCGCAGUUCUGCGAGGGUUUGCGGAGACUUGGGUACAAGUACGUGGACGAGUAUGCAGCUCAGAUCUUCGACUUCGUGGAUCAGUCGAGCAACGACUCCAUCAGUCCGACGGAACUGCGGUUGCUCGAGCUGGUGGAUGGCGCCGGUUCACUCGAGGAUCUGGAUCGCCUUCGAAUCUGGCUCUGUGAAUGGAAGGCGAGGCGCGCGCGGCACGCCAAGGAGAAGAUGGAGGCGCUGCGGCUUGAACGUGAGGAGAGAGGCGAAGAGGGCGAGACCGAGGAGCAUGCUGCUCAAGUGGCCGAGGCAGAGGCGGAGGCCAAAGAGUCUCCUUUGGCCGAGCUCUGGCAAUACAUGGAUCGAGAUGGGUCUGGUGAGGCGAGCUUCUCGGAGUUUCGGAGGGCCUUGCGCAAGGCAAAGCACCCAGCCGGGCUGAAUCCGAACAAAGGGCCUGCCUUGGAGCUGUUCAUGUGCCUGGACAUUCAGGUGGAUGGCAGCAUCGUGGAGGGCGAGUUCUACUGUUUUAGCAUCCUGUCGGCGUACUUCCAGCUGGAGCGGGUGGAGCGCGUUCGCACCUUUCUGGAAGAUCGCUUCGGCAAUCUGAAGGCGGCUUUCAAGUACAUGGAUGCGGAUCGGUCCGGUUCCCUCACCACCCAGGAGUGGAUGGACUUCAUGAUGGGACCACAAGGCUAUGCCGAUGAAGAAGACGUGAAGGUGUGCUUCUUCUUCAUUGACAAGGACUUCUCCGGCCAGCUGACGAGCAAAGAGUUCGAGUUCCUUGGCAACUUCGACGGCCGCGACUUCGUGAACGACGUGGCGAAGCUUCGAGACUACCUGGUGGAGAAGUACGAAAACCUUGAGGAUGCCUACGAUGCUUUCGAGCAGAAGAUGCCACCACUGGACAUGGGCGGCACAGACUUGAGUCAGAUCCCCGAGAAGAAGCGGAAACGCAGGGAAGGCCGCGGCCUUUCCGGAAACGACUUCGUCAACUGCUGCCGCAUGUGCAACUUCAAGGGCCGAUUUGAUCCUCGCCUCCUGUUCAACUUCCUCGAUGCCUCCCACGUCGGCCACAUCACCCGGAUGGAGUUCCUACAGCUCGGCAAGCUGGGUGCGGUGGAAGCACUGCGCAUCUCGUCGGAAAGGAUGCGCAAUGGAAUCUCCACUCUCAAGCACUUCAUCUUCCAUGAAGUGGAGCUGGAGGAGCCCGAUACACCACAGGAGGACGACAAGUGGAAGUGGGCUGGCGUCCACAAGGCCUUGCGGGAAGUAACGCAGGACGACCUCGAGCUUGCAGAGUAA